CACUGCAGAUCUGCGUCAUCCGGAAAUUAAUUCAUGCAACUGAAUCAUUAAUCAUAAUAUCUACGGCACCGACAACUUUGGAAGUAGAUUGGCACUCUAUAUGGGAUUUAACUUUGAACCUCUUUCAUGUCUCAUAGUUUGCUGGAUCAUGCCUUAUGCUACCGACAUGCAGUAUCUAUAACGCAGUAUCCAGUUUGUAGAGGAUGGUGUGGUAGUAAAUAGUCAUAGGUGUGUCUGGGAUGGGCUUUUCGGAUUUAAGAUGUAAGAGGCUAUGCCCUUUUCGAAUUGCCCUGGUCUUACCAUCGGGAGAAGAAUCCAAGUUGGAGCACCACAAACUUGGUACAAAGUAGAAGAAGAGCCGGACGUCGAAAAAGGGGAGAGCUACUCAUUAAAAUCGCAAUUCCAUUGGAUCGUGCUGGAUUUCCUCCACUGCCACCCCUUACCAGCAGAGCCAAUCAGCAACCAAAGACUGGGUCGCCAUCGCCUUUACCAAACGAGACGACUCCACUGCCCCUAUUGAAGUGGUCCAGUUAUCGUCACUCAUAGGUUGGAACCGGGUCAGCUUAUCGUUCCAGAAAAAAGCGGG